CUGCCCUUUCAGACAGUUUAGUCACGUCUCUGUUGUGGAAUUCACUAUUUUUUUCAUAACAAAUCCCUGUGGUAAGACAUUUUAUACUAUUCAAGCUAGAUGACAGUACCAAAAGGAAAGCGAAUGGCAAUCUCAAUUCAAGAGAACAUGGCAAUAAACGUCUGUCCUGGCCCAAUUCAACCCAUCCGUCAAAUAUCUGCAUACUUUCCCCGAGUCUCGACGACAUCCAACCUCACUGACUCACUGUUGUCAAACCCAUCCGGGUGUCCCUCAGGUGCUGUUGGAGAGACAGCACAUGAAGGGCUGUUGUCUCCACCCUCAGUAGGACCAGCUGGAAGCGGAGGCACGCUUUCAGCAAUGAGUAGUAUGGACACAUCUAUAGAGGUCGACAGCUGUGACAGUGAUGACAACACUUCCUUGGGAACCCUGGAGUUUGAGCUGCUCUAUGAGACGGCUACAAGUUCUCUUCAUUGCACUGUCAUUAGAGCCAAGGGUCUGAAGCCCAUGGACUUUAAUGGUUUGGCUGACCCUUAUGUGAAGCUACACCUGCUUCCUGGUCCCUGCAAGGCCAAUAAACUAAAAACGAAGAUUGUGAAAAACACCCUAAACCCAGUGUGGAAUGAAACACUCACAUAUUGUGGAAUCACAGUGGAGGACAUGUACAGAAAAACCCUCAGGGUGUCUGUAUGUGAUGAGGACAAGCUGACUCAUAAUGAGUUCAUUGGAGAGUCACGGGUGGCAUUACGAAGAGUGAAGCCUGACAAGCCCAAACACUAUAACAUCUGUUUAGAGCAUCCACCUCCUCUGUCGUCUCCCACGGCCAUGAGUUCAGCUCUGAGAGGAAUCUCCUGCUAUCUGAAAGAGUGGGAUAGUGAGCAGCAGUGCAAUUUGGAAGAGCGAGGUCGUCUGCUAUUAUAUCUGCAGUUUCUGCCACCAUUCCAGAAUUCAGAAAAGGAAGGCCAGAAAGAUGCUAAAGAGCAAGCUAAAGGUGGUCUGUGUGUGGGGGUCCGUCGCUGUGCCCACCUGGCAGCCAUGGACGUCAACGGCUUUUCUGACCCAUAUGUGAAAAUAUACCUCAAACCUGACCUUAAAAAGAAAUCCAAGCACAAGACUGGAGUCAUCAAAAAGACUCUAAACCCUGAGUUCAAUGAGGAGUUUUUUUAUGAGAUCACAUUCAAUGAGUUAUCCACCAAAACAUUAGAAGUUACAGUCUGGGAUUAUGAUUUGGGUCGGUCGAAUGAUUUCAUUGGAGGCGUAUCUCUAGGAUGUAACUCACAGGGUGACGCCCUUCAGCACUGGAUAGACUGUCUCAAAAAUAAAGGACAGAAGGUUGAGCGUUGGCAUACACUGACCAAUGAUUUGCCAGGAUCAACAAUUUAACAGAGCUGAGGCUGGAAAUCAGUAGACUUUAUCUGUCUCCUGCACUGCUUUACAUUUCACAACUGAAUUGUGCUACUAAAGUCAAGAUCAUUUCUCUCAUAUUCAUAUGUCAGAAAAAAUUGCUUAACUGCAUUUUUAUUUCAGACUCAUACUCUUUAUUGUAGACUACUCUAUUGUGUAGUUGUAAAUGUUUACAUGUGAAAACUGCAAAUGAGUCUCUAAAGCAAUACACUUGUGUUUAACACAAAAUAUAAUGAAUUUCUGUUGAAAUAAGGCACUUAAGAUUUUUACAUCAUUCCUUAAAAACCUUUAUACAGUUAAAGUUACUUUACUAUUUGAAAAAAUCUUUUUUGCAUUGUAUUUUAUUUAUGUAUCUAAGUUUCAGGAAAUCUAAAUGUGUUCUUGUUACAGUGUAUUUACACAAGUACAGAGUAAUAUUAUUUAACAACAUUUUGUGACACAGCUAUUUAAAAAAAAAAUCUAAAUACAUGAGAAAAUAUUUCAAAAAGGAAAUUGGAAAAAGUUUGUGUGGGGGGGUUGGUAUAUGUGGUUAAU